AUGAUGUUUGCCUCCAGCAACUCACAAAUUUAUGGGGACUUCCAGUCACAGACCUGUGAAUCCAUGAUACCAGGAGCCCAUGGGCGCAGGUGCACGGUGACUCUGUGGUUCCCACUGCACCCACCGCCCUCCUUGGUCCUCUCAGUGUCUGCAGCGGGCAGUAAUGUUCUGGCUCUUGACCUACCACCCCACGGCCGGACCACCGCCCAGCUGAGCCCCCGCGGCUCCACCGCGCAGAAGGUGCCCCAGAGGCCCUGCCAGUUGCCCUCCCUGCCGGGGCUCUUCAAAGGACUAAAAGCUAAAGGCGACGAUGAAUUCAUUCCACAAGUCCUAGUCAUGCGCCCUGGUGAGUACCAGACCCUGCUCCCCCCGAGGGGACCCACGAGCGACCCUCACCACCAUCCCUGCCCUGGUGGAGCCCCCGUGCGGAACACAGGAUCCGAAGAUGGCAGCAGAAGCUCCUCAGCGGCCCCGAAAGCGACUGGGCAGGGUGGGCACAGGCUCCUUCAAUGGGUGAAGGCGGCGCAAAGAACGGGAAGAACCAUCCCGGGAGCCCACAGGGCGUUCAGCUUCCCUUGGGGCCCCAGGCAGCUCGGGCUGGGUCGCCCACCAGGGAGUUUCUGGAAGCUUCUGAAGCAGGCGAGGGGCAGGGCGAGCGAAGGCAAUUCUGCUGUUCUUCUGGCUCCGGAAUCUCCUAAAGCGCAGGCGUCCAACGUGACCGGCGCGACUCACCGCUCUAAUCUCUCUGGUUUUCCAAGGCCUUGCUCGGUGGUCCUGCCCGGUGGGCCCUGAGAAUAGACGGAACGGAGGACGUUCAGUGAAUGCGCCCUUCCUAUAUGCCCAGUAGAGUUAGA